UGUGUCUCGGCUUUCAAAAACUCACGUCAAUCUUACGCUUGGGUUAAAAUUUCAAGUUAAUUCUCUGCGCAACUAAUCAUUUACACGACGCAAUUUUCAUCGAAACCACGACAUUACACGUUAAGAUACUGCCACCAACAGAUACUUUGCUGAACAGCGGGAGAAGUGCAGUCCGUGACUGCGAUAUGAAUGCUGAUAUUUUGUCAGCGAAUACAUCAAAAUACGAGAAACAGGAGAAAGAACCUGAGGUGCAUCAUAAUUCAGACGAUCUUCAGAAGAUUCAGCCCGAUCAAACACUCAACAACUUAAAUAGAAAAAGCGAACAAAAACGAAAGUCUCACAUUAACUCAACGCAGCCGUCCAACGCGUCGCCUUUAUCUACAAAAAAUAUUUAUUCUGCAACAGGUAAGCACCAAGUGCAUAAGUUGGUAGACAACAAGCAACUAUCGAAACCAUUUAAUCAGUCUGAUAAGAAGACAUUUCUUCUCGAUACUUACGCCCGUAUUGUCGCUACCAACAACAGACGUUGUCCUAAACGGUUGCGUGACCUCGCUAAACCAAAGAAGCAAGUUUCUAACGAUAAAAGUGACGAUUCUACAAAUUUCGACCUAAACUGGCAUACAGGUAAAGCUAGUACGGCGAAAAUGAAACGUGGCUCAGAAAAUUCGAAGAUGAAACAGCUUUACUGAUACAUACUGGUUAAUAUUUUAAACAAUUUCUAUGCAUGAUU